UCAUCAGUCACUUCCUUAUUUACAGUUGAUAUGGUAAAAGGCGCGUAAAUAGUAUUGUCGCAGCCCCUCGGUUCGGGUUUGACUAGGAGGUAAAUUUCAGGACCGAGCUGACAAAGAGUUUGCAAGAAUGGCCUGUAAACGAGGAGCACUCAUAGUCCUGGAGGGAGUGGACAAAGCCGGAAAAACCACCCAGUGUAAGAAGCUGGUCCAGACUCUGCAACAAAGUGGUCGCGCGGCAGAAAUGAUGAGAUUUCCUGACAGGACCACGACGAUUGGACAGUUGAUUAGUGCUUAUCUGGAGAAGAAGAGUGAUUUGGAGGACCACACCGUGCACCUACUGUUCUCUGCAAACCGAUGGGAACUAGUGCCUUUGAUGAAGAAGAAGCUGGAGCAAGGCACCACUCUAGUUGUAGACCGCUACGCUUUCUCUGGAGCUGCUUUCACAAGUGCCAAACCAGGUUUUUGUCUCGACUGGUGCAUGCAACCUGAUGUGGGUCUCCCAAAGCCAGACCUGGUCAUGUUUCUGCAGCUCAACCCAGCUGAGGCCGCUCUCAGAGGACAGUUUGGAGAAGAGCGGUAUGAAAACAGAACUUUUCAAAGAACGGUUCAACAGAGGUUUGAAGAGCUGAUGAAGGAUUCCUCCGUUAACUGGCAGGUAAUCGAUGCAUCUCAGAGUGUUGAGGAAGUGCACAGGAACAUCACAAACCACAGCCUGAAUGCAAUCAAUGUCGCUCAGAACCAGCCACUUGGGGAGCUGUGGAAGUGAGUCUGUGUGACAGGAUCAAGACCAGGACAGUCCACUUGAUAAAUGUUUCAAAACUUAUCACACAUCGACCAUAGUGUAAUAACUAAAUUACUUUUCCACACACUAACCUCUUUAGUCUGUUCUAGUUUCGGGACUGAAUAUGGAGGAGUGAUAGAUGACUGUGAUUAACAUGUUAUUUCCUAUUUGAAAUGGAAGAGAGAUAUUCAAUUGUCAAAUAUCAGUCUGAUUUUUAUUGUUUUAUUUUAAAUGAUCUUACAUGUUUUCUUUAAAUUUCUAAAUGUUUAUGAGUAAAUAAAUAAUCUUAAAAUGAA